AAAAGGUUUUCUCAUUACAUAAUCCUUUUUUGAUUCAAUUUCUGUUUGCCGUUUCAAAUAUUCAUACCCAAAAAUAUUGAAUUUUUACUUGGGGUGGGGGGGGUGGACUUUGAGAUUUUCGUUGUCUAAUGAUUUUCACAACAAUGGGCAAAGGGACAAGUUUCUUUUAUUGGCGUAAAGUCGUACUAAGAACCGUUGGCGUGCGCUCCCAAGCCUCUGUAUUGUUGUUGCAUUCUAUAUAUUUCCGCAUGAGUUGUCACUUGUCAGAGACGGCUUUGUCUAAGUUCAUUUCGCAUCAGAAAUGGACCGACCCGAUCACCAGAAGCCUGUAUUCUCCGACCGGGUGGUCGUCAACGGUACCGUCACGACGGUGUCUCUGCUUCACGACGGCACAUUAUGGUGUUUGGACGGGGGUCAACGGUGUUUGCACCUCGAAAAAGAGGUCCUCGGGUUUGUCACCGUUGGGUCCGAUAUUAAAAUCAAAAGCCUCGUUGAUAACUGGAGUGGCUGCUCUCCUAGGAACAGAGGGAAGCUCGUCAGAAAAGAUGUCGUGUUUCAAUCGUUGUCGGAGGAAUCGCAGAGGCUGUGGUGUCAGAACCUUAGCGUAUUCCUUGAUUCCUUCGGUCGCCCUAAGAGGCUUUUUAUUUUUCUCAAUCCAUUUGGCGGAAAAAAAGCUGCUACAAAGAUUUUUCUUCAUCACGUGAAGCCUCUUCUCGAUGAUGCUGAAAUCCAAAUUACACUUCAAGAAACCAAACACCACCUCCAUGCCAAGGAAGUUGCUCGUACACUAGAUAUUUCAAAAUAUGAUGGGAUUGUUUGUGUUAGUGGAGAUGGAAUUCUAGUUGAGGUUGUGAAUGGACUGCUAGAAAGGCAGGAUUGGGAUACCGCAAUAAAAAUACCCCUUGGAGUAAUUCCUGCAGGUACGGGAAAUGGCAUGGCAAAAUCUCUUCUUGAUUCAGUUGGCGAUCCUUGCACUGCUGCUAAUGCUGUUCUUUCCAUUAUUCGAGGUCAUAAGCGAUCUCUUGAUGUGGCUACCAUCAGGCAAGGAGAAACCAGGUUUUUCAGUGUAUUGAUGCUUGCAUGGGGACUGGUUGCAGAUAUUGACAUUGAGUCGGAAAAGUAUCGAUGGAUGGGAAGUGCUCGAAUAGAUUUUUAUGCUCUCAAUCGAAUCUUACAUUUGAGGCAAUAUACUGGAUGCAUUUCAUUUGUGCCUGCACCUGGGUUUGAAGCUUUUGGGGAGCCCACGAGUUAUACUGGAAAAUUUACAGGCAAAGACAACAAUCAGGGUCAAAGUGAAGCAGACUAUAUUAAGUUACGGAAGUCCUGUUAUCGAGGACCAGAUAUUAACCUAGAGAAUUUGAAUUGGAGAGCCCUAAAUGGACCCUUUGUUUCUGUUUGGCUUCAUAAUGUUCCUUGGGGCUCUCAAGGUGCCUUGGCAGCACCUGAUGCAAAGUUAUCAGAUGGUUGCCUAGACUUGAUCCUUGUCAAGAAUUGUCCAAAAUUAGCUUUGCUGUCACUGAUGUCAGAAUUAAGUAGUGGCAGCCAUGUAAAAUCGCCAUAUGUAACGUACCUUAAGGUGAAAGCUCUCAUCUUGGAGCCGGGCUCACGUGUCACCAAGCCGGAUAAGGAAGGCAUCAUAGAUGUUGAUGGGGAGGUUCUGGCAAGCGGGAAAGGAACACACAAGUUCGACAAAACGACUUUGAUGGCAUAUGAUCAACUUCAAAUAACUAUGGAUCAAGGUUUAGCUACAAUUUUUGCCCCAGCAUGAUAAACUUGUGGUUAAAUUGAAUUUUCUUCUUGUCUAGGUCCAUUCUAUUCUUGUUCUUGGUUAUGGUUUCACUACUAAUGAGAAAGAUGGAUUCUUCCAUGGAAUAUGACAUCGUGUAUCCUGUACAGAACUGAACCAAAUAAUAAUGAAUGCCAGGAUAGUUCUCUCUGCAAGGUGUGCUUUUGCACCUUGAUGUGUCAA